AUGAAGUUGAAUUUUUUCAGAAAACUAGAUACUGUUGUAAUCUCUUUAUUCCUCUAUAAAUACACCUCUAUUCAUUUCCUGAAUUCCCAUAAUCUCAUUUCCCUCUUAAUUUACGCUCUCGUCUCAUUACGACUUAGCCAGGAAAUACUUGUACUGUCAUGUCUCCAGCAAUGGAAGUACAUAUUGCCAGCUUCGGAACGUCCCAAUGUUGUUGAACAUGAAAAAUCAACUGGCGCCGCAGACAACGCCAAUCUUGAGCUGCCAAUCGUUGAUUUUGCCGAAUUGCAGGGUCCUAAUCGGUCUCAAGUCCUUAAUUCUCUUGCCUCUGCCUGCGAAAACUAUGGAUUUUUCCAGCUGGUGAAUCAUGGUAUUCCGUACGAGAUUAUAAGCAAUAUGGUAGAUGUGAGUAAAAGGUUCUUUGAGAUGCCAUAUUCAGAAAGAGAGAAAUAUAUGUCAGCAGACAUAAACUCACCUGUUCGGUAUGGGACAAGCUAUAAUCAGAGAACUGAUGGUGUCUUUUGUUGGAGGGAUUUUCUCAAAUUGGUUUGUCAGCCUCUACCAGAUGUCCUUCCCCAUUGUCCUUCUUCUCCAAAUGAUUUUAGGACAUUGGCUGUUAGUUAUGCUAAAGAAGUCAAAUUCUUGUUCCUAAUGCUAGUGGAUGCCAUCCUAGAAAGCCUUGGACUAAUGAACAAAAAGAAUACGACGCGAGAAGAUGAGGACGACGACGAUGACGAUGAUGAUAAAGACGAAGAAAAGGAGAUAUUAAAGGAAUUUGAAGAUGGAAGCCAGCUAAUGAUACUGAAUUGUUACCCUCCUUGUCCACAACCUGAUUUGACACUGGGAAUGCCACCUCAUUCUGACUAUGGAUUCCUCACUCUUCUCCUCCAAGAUGAAGUCAAGGGAUUGCAAAUACAGCACCAAGAAAAUUGGGUUACUGUUGAACCCAUUCCUGGAUCCUUUGUUGUCAAUGUUGGAGAUCAUCUUGAGAUAUUCAGCAAUGGGAGGUAUAAGAGCGUAUUGCAUAGAGUAUUGGUGAAUUCGAUGAAUUAUAGGAUUUCGGUGGCUUCUCUACAUAGCCUUCCUUUCGAAAGCACAGUGCAACCAUGUCCCAAACUCAUUAGUGAAACAAAUCCAAGGCGUUACAUGGACACAAAUUUUGCGAGUUUUCUUGAGUACAUGAAAUCUCGCGAUUCGACAAAAAAGAAUUUCCUUGAGUCCAGGAAAUUGACUUCGUAA